AUGCUGCGUGCAAUUCUGACUGUCUUUGUUUUGUUUGGCCCUCUCUAUUUAAUUUACAAACCUCCUGUCUGCCUCAUUCGCUUGUUCCAGCGACAUUGGCCUGAUGUCCUGUUCCACCGCCCAACUACCCAGAAAGUUGUCGCGUUGACAAUCGAUGAUGCUCCCUCUAUAUACACAGCUGGAGGUAGAGUUGAUCAAACGGAACUGAAUAGCGACGGAGAACAUGACUCGACCAUUCUCGAUCUCCUGAAGGCUUAUCACGCGACGGCUACCUUUUUCGUGAUCGGUUCUCAAGUGCCAGGGUACGAAGAUGCACUUGUUCAGCUAGUCCAUGGUGGUAAUGAGCUAGCCAACCAUGCCAUGUAUGAUGAACCAUCACGCGCACUAAGUGAUGACCAGUUGGCAGAGCAAAUUCUGGCCGUCCAGACCAUGAUCCAAAACGCAUAUCGUGCCGCAGGAAAAGAUGAGGGACCUGAGGCAUGGUUCUUUCGUCCUGGUUCUGGAUUUUUCAGUUCAAGAAUGCGGCGCCUAGUGAAAGGCCUGGGGUAUCGACUUGUACUUGGAGAUGUGUAUCCCCACGAUCCUCAAGUCCCCUUUUCCGGGUUCAAUGCGAAACAUAUUCUCAGUAUGGUCAGGCCCGGGAGUAUCAUUGUCUGCCAUGAUCGCAGAGAGUGGACCCUGCCUAUGCUACAAGUCGUGUUGCCAGAACUGAGGAAAAGAGGAUAUCGUGUUGUGACGAUAUCGGAGCUAUUACGAGAGACCUCAAUAGGACAAUCAUGA